CAGGCGUCAUGGACUGGACAGCAGACCGUGAAGAUCCAAGAUAAACAGGAGCCCCUGCAAAGGUCAUAAAUGUGACCGAUUGCAUUAGACUCAGCCUCAGCACUUGAGACCUGAAAGGGAUAAGUUUCCUGUUACACGCUGCUGAUGAAGAGAGGGGUGUGGUUAAGUGUUAGUCAGUGCGCAUCAGGUAUCCAUCCUGCACUAUAUAACCCUGAGGACUGAGAGCAGAGCAGAAAGACAAGGACACCACCGGGAGACCACACCAGAAGACAACUAUCCUAAAAUGGCCAACAUGCUGAGAUCAUGGCUGAUGUUUGCAGCGCUCGUCGUCUGCCUGCUGGUGUGUUUGAGCAGCUUUGCGGACGCCUACCCCCCCAAACCGGAGAGCCCGGGGAGCAACGCCUCACCGGAGGACUGGGCCAAAUACCACGCAGCGGUCAGACAUUAUGUCAACCUCAUCACCAGGCAGAGGUAUGGGAAGAGGUCGACCCCUGAGCAGGCGAUGGCUUGGCUGCUGUUUGGGGCCGACUCGAGCCAAGACGCUGAACCGCGCUCAGACUACAGUGAUCAGUGGUAAAAGAGCCCGACGCCAAACCCACAUUUCCCCCAAUCUUUCGAUUCAUCAACAAUCCAAAAAAUAAACAAACACAGAGAUUCUCAACCUGCACUGGACUUUGUGACUCUCCAUAUUUAAUUGUUUAAUGUGCAUGCGAAUCUCUCUCUUUCUCCCUCUCUCUAUCUGUGCGUCUUCCUCUCUCAGUCUAUUUUAUUCUUUGGCCAAAAAUGUAAAUAAUUUGUAUCAAAAAAUCUCUUUACAAUUAAGAACUGAAUGGAAUAAAAGUA